CUGAGCUCCCCCGGAGGAAGGCCCGGCCUCUUUGUUAGCUGUAAACAAAUAGAAAUUAGUUUAUUUCUGUAGUGACACCCUAAGGAGAUGGAAGGGAAGUCAGGAAGAGAGUCCUCGGCUUGAUCAGUCAAAAUUAAACCGACUGCAGGCAUUUCUGCGGUAAUGCUGGAAGGCUGCAUUGAAGGCAAAUAAGGGAAGUUAUUUUAGAAAGAAAGAAUACAUGUAAGAAACAAGAUGCCUCAUGCUGGGAGACGGUACCAAGAUAAGCAAUACAGGCACCAUGAGAACCAUCGAUCUGGUAGAUAUGAGGAAGACAGAAGAGUGAGAAAACCAUACCCAUACAAUACAAGAUCAACAGAAGACAUCCGAGAUGUCCAGCACUCAAGGACUUCUCCUGUUUGCUCAGAGCCUUACUCUAAAACCUCAGGAGCAGCACGGGAACACUUUGGCCCACCACCAGACUGUUACCCUCCCAAGGAGACCUUCUCAAUGAAGUGUUCAAAGGUAUGCACAACAAGAGGCAUUUUGAAGUUUGUGGAAAUCAUGGUCAACCUCCUGGUGCUGAUUUGCGUGGGUGCUGCCCAAGCCUCUGUUGCAGGCUUCACGUCCCUUGGUGGCUUUGGCACCAGCUCCUUUAGCCUGAAUUCAGCCUAUAGCCCCUUUGAGGGCACGGAGCUCCAGGAGGUGAGGGAGCUAGACAUGCAGUUCACCCAGAUGCGAGCCCCAUGUGUGUAUGGUGGAGUAGCCUUCAGUUUAACAGCAGCAGCACUUACCCUUGUCUUCCUUGUCGUGGGGGCAAAACCCAUCCAGCAGCUCAGGACGGGGCUGCUGGCAGGCGAAUGCGCCUUCAACCUGCUGGCUGGCGCGGCAUACGUUGCGGCGGUCGGCCUCUACCUGCACUUUGUCAGCCAGGUGAACUCCACAGAGGUUUGCAAGAGGCGCGAGAGGCUGUAUGCACGCCGUGGUUACACCUCCAUGAACUGUGUGGUCCAGGGUGGCGAUGCAGCCGUCGGCCUUUUUGGCGUUGUUGCUGCCUGUUUGUACUUUGCCAGCUUUGUGGUCUGCAUCCUUGCUAUCCGAACUGUCCGUGCCUUCCAGAGCAACAUGGCCAAGGCUCAGCACAGCCCCAAAAGCAGCAUUAGAGACAGAAGUGUCAGAAACCACCAUGUCGCCAGCAGGACCUCAGAAAGCUCCCACAGCAUCCAGGCUCUUGCCACAUUAGUGUGAAGUCAGCUCUCAGGCUGUGCCAAAGAGCUGGAGCUUCAGGAAGAGACAGACACUGGGUGUCACAUGCCAAACUGGCGACCAGUCCACAAUGCAUUGUUCUACAUGUUGCUGAAGUGUGUAUCAAAUCACCAAAUAUAACAAUACUGCUAUCACAUGAUGUAGUAAAAUUGAUGUUCAGCAGAUGUUUUAACAAGGGGGUUUGCAUCAGUCUCUCAAGCUGGACUCCUACAUUUAAAAUGUGUUUGAUUCUAAUGUCUUCAUCCUGCACAGAGCAAUCCAACAGCAAUGGACUGUUAACAGGUUGCAACCGUAGCACUGCUAAACCUGUGCUACAACCCACUUCCUUUCCCCUCCCAUGACAUCAAGAAUUGAGUACACAGCUAGGACGGGCAGCCUUCAACAGAUCUUGUGCCUGUCAAUUCGUCCUGUUGCCUUAUGCCGCACUGCUCAGAAAGCAGAGGACACUCAAGUCCUUCUCUGAAUCACAGCCGAAGAUACCUUUGUGACCUGUUUCACUUGGGCUAGUGAAGCAUUCUACAUCUUUUCAGUCACAGGGGUUGGCACAUGCCAAUCAUAUGCUCCCUGAGGAAUGCUGCUGGGAGGAACUAGCUGCAAUUUCAAAGGCAGUGUUUCAGUCUUCCUCCAGUUCCCUACUGUGUUUUUUCCAUCUCACUGAGCACAGAUCGGAACCUGAGAGGCAGCGCAUUGGUCAGCUAUCAGCUUAGUAAAGAUACCACUUGCUUCUGUAACCACCUAGACAAGGUUGAGCUUGCUGACUCCACAGCUGGUAGUGGGCAGAGACUGAAUCGGGAACACACUGGCUGCCCCAGAGUUUUCCAUGGGAACGCUGUAACAAUGACAGAAAGUACAUGCGUACUUCCAAUACCUAAACACGCAAAGCAUGAGUGAACAGCAGUAACUGCGUGCCCCCAGGGUUGAGAAAAUAGAUUGAAGAGAACAUCCUUCAAGAGCCCUUUGAGGCAAAUGAAAUAGAUCACUGGUCUUCACAGAUGAGGGAGUGAGGAAAAAGGCUGCUCAAAGUACUUAAGAUUUGUCAGCUUGAGAGGAGGGAAGAGGCAAUUUUCAUUCUGGCUGUGCUCACUCUUUUUGGUUUUGUCUGGCUCAGAGUCAUUACCCAGAUGAGGCUUUUUUGAACCUCAGUAGAGCUAUUUAUUGUGUAUUUCACAUACAUAUAUACACGCAUACACACAUAGAUCUCAAAGGAUUAUGUUUAAGGGAAUAUAAGACAAACCAAAAGCGUAGUUCUGAUUAGAAGUGAUUACAUGAGACUUUAAGUAUUUACAUAAUACCUUAAGCAUCUUUUUAACACUUUCAACACCAACAAGCUUCAUAGCAUUAUUAUGCUUACAGAGUGAAGAGUUUUUCCAAACAUGCCAUGGCUCACAGUAGCGAUACAGUUAUGAAAUUAAGAUUCCCAGCUUUCUGCCCAAACCCAGACCUUCACAGGUAUGUGGUAACCAGUUGCACAGUCUGUUACAGAGAUGUCUGUCACGCAGCUACAGCUGCAGCUAACCACUCACUAGGCAUUUCUGCCUGCAUGCUUGUUCCUGCGCUACAUCUACAGCCUGCACAUUUUGAAUGCAGGCUUGGUAACAUGAUGACACACUGUUAUUAACUUAUACAAACAACAAAAAGCAGCUCCUUGAAGUGACACAUUCGAAAGGUUAGCAAACACUGCGGAUAAUGUAUAAAUCUUAACUCAGUCUUUAAAUACAUGUGCAAUAUGAAUUUUAAUCUCAAGGCUUCUUACUCUGCCCCAUUCAUUUUUAAAUGCUUGCCUGCCAUCACUAUGCAGUAGCAGUAGCCCUCUGUGAGUCUUGUUUCUGUCUCUUUUUGCCUUGUGUGUGUGGUAAAGGCCUCCUUUGUUUGUUGCAAGGUAAUUCAGUCUUUAGAAAAAGGUGCACAAAGUUUCCCUGUGGACUAUUGCUAUAAUGUUCCUUCCUUGGACACUUGGCUUCUUCACAGUCAAUCCAUUUUGGGCCCCUUUCCUGUUAACAGGAGCAAUUUUAUGCAUUAUAUGGAGAGAGUCAAAAAGUAGCUGCUAGUUACAGGAGCUCAGUUGGAGAUUUUGGAACCCACUCACUGCCCUGAGCAUCCAGUCAGCCCGUCAUGUUCUUUCAGUUCCUCACUGAGCUGCCUCCCUGCACUCACCAGCCCCUCAUGUUUCCAACCUCCACAGCCUCACAUUUAUUCCUUAUAUCUCAUCUACAUCUACCCUCUUUCAGUUUAAAACCGUUAACCUUUGUCCUGUCACUAUAGGCUCUAGUAAAAAGCUUCCCUCCGUAUUUCUUAAUGGCCCCCUUCAUAUAUUAAAGGGCCACAAUAGGGUCUCCCUGGAGCCUUCUCCAGGCUGAACAACCCCAACUCUCUCAGCCUGUCUUCACAGGGUAAAAGUGCUCUCUCUCUCUCAUAAUUUUUGUGGGCCUCCUCUGGGCCUGCUCCAACAUGUCCAUAUCAUUCCUGUACGGAGGACUCCAGAGCUGGAUGCAGUACUGCAGGUGAGGCCUCACAAGAAUGGUGGGGGAGAAUCACCUCCUUCAGCCUGCUGGCCACACUUCUUUUUAUGUGGCCCAGGGUACAGGUGGCUUUCUGGGCUGUGAGCGCACAUUGCUGGGUCAUGUCCAGCUUUCCAUCCACCAGUAUCCCCAGUCCUUCUCUGCAGGGCUGCUCUCAAUCCCUUCAUCCCCCAGCCUGUAUUGAUACUGGUGAUUGCCCCAACCCAGGUAUAGGACCCUGCAGUUGGCCUUGUUGGGACUUUGUGAGGUCCACAUUGGCCCACCCCUCAAGCCUUGAGACCCUUACAGGUUCCUCUGGGUGGCAUCCCUUUCCUGGAGCAUACCAACUGCACCACUCAGCUUGGUGUCAGCCACAUGCUGAGGUCCGAAAGCUCUGCAGGGACCACAAAGAAAGCCAAAACCUGGUGACUGCCAGCUUCUUGAAAGCUUUGUGCCUCAAAUUUGUUUCCUUCCCUGCCACCAUAGAGAAAGACCACCAGAAAAGAAUCGCAGAGAGGAAAUAUACCUCAGUACUGUUUCCUCUAGUCACCUUCAUGGAGUCAAGUGUAGGAGAGGAGAAGGGAAAAUCCAAGAAAUACUCCUCAGAGAACUAGGGCAGGGAAGAAGCAGGUUUCCUUCCCCGCAGGGUGAAGGGCAAGCCAUAUACCAUCAAAGCAAUCCAAACAACCCUGCUUUCCAACUGUAACGAGACCAUGCUUGGUAAAAACCUUUACUGUGCGAGCUGCAAAGGUGUAACACAAGAGCAGGGAUUUUCUGGUGCACACGUAAUGACUAAGGCUGCAACAGGCUGUCAUCCCCAGCUGCCGCUGCAGGUGGUCGUACCCUCCAGGGCAGGUUAGCCUUCCCACCUUCUGCUGCAGACGGCUGUGCCCCACUGAUACCUCUGCGCAGUGACUGCCACUUAGUACAGGACAAUAAUCCGCAUUUGGAUCAGUAAACAAAGGCAGGGAAAAUGGCUCUGUCAGCCCUGCCAUUUCUUUUACCCUUUCCCUGCUGCCUGCCCUGUGCAUGCAUGUGCUGCUUGUGUGCAACCUUCAGGUCAGCACUGAACAUCAUAAACUCACCUCUUCCUCUGAAGCAGUCCCUGCAACCAGAGCACUUCACACAGUCGUCACCCUCAGUCCCUCUUUGGUGAGAGGGAUCCUCAAGGUGUAUUCAGCUUGCCCACUGUGACCACUAUCAGCUUAUAACCCGCUGCAAGGGAAAUGGUGAUAGCAAAUGUCAAAUCUGUACUUCCCUGAGAGGUUGUCUUGUGGGUGGACAGCAUGGCUUCUCUCAACAUAAAAGCCUUGGGGUCCCCACCAGUGGUGCAGAGGAAACCCUCUGGCACACCAAGCCUACUCUAAACCUUCAAAAAGAAGAAUAAAAUGGCCACCAUCCCUGGGGAAGCUAGGAAAUGGAUGCGGGCGGCAAGGUGAACUGGAGCUGCCCAGCAGGAGAAAAGCCCCGCUGCAGAUGAUGGGUCACCAGUGCAAGGUGCCAAGUGAGCUGAGUAGCUCAUUUAUCAUCUCAGAGUUACCUGUGAGACUCUCCGCCAGCCCCUUUGGAUUUAACCCAUCAAUUUGCACCUGUCUCCUUCAACACAGGAGCAAACAGCUUUAGUCUGAAAGCAAAACCUCCAGCUGAGCUCCCUGGCCAUUAACUGUCCACAAAGAGACCCCUCCACACAGAAGAGCCUUGGAGAAAAACAAUCUCUCUAUGAAAAAUUGCGUCUCCAUGCUCUGAUCUGGAGGGGGAAGCAGGGCACAAGACAGUUAUGGUGACUACAUUUACAAACAAGAUUAACAAUCCACCUGGUUCUGCAUCCCACCGCUGAGUAAAAUUCAUUCAAAUAGUAGUUCAUAAAGGCAGCUCAGUCUGGGGGAACCUUGUCCAGAACAGAGCAAAUCAGCAUCUAAAGGCACAGGUGGCUCGUUUCAAUGUAAAAACCAAAAUUGAGGGGGGUGAGGCUGGAAAGGAGAGAGAAUGUUCACUCCUCCAAAUAGGCUUAACACAACCUUUACAUUUACCAAAUAAUUCAGGUAUCUAUCUGACACUAUAGAUCUGGUGCUGCUGGAAGAUUUGCAUGUGUCAGGGCAUUGCCCUCCUGCUGCUGAGCACUUUCGUACCAUCCACCAAAAGGAAGUUUUCUGAUAAGGACUAACAACAAGUUUUCCAAUUUUCUUAAUGAGUUUAAGAAAACAUUCCUGGACUAUAUUAGAUUUUAUCACAGUUUAAGCUUUCUUCAGAAGAGUUUGAGUGUAUCCAAUGUGGAGAAACAACUAGGAUCACAAACCGGUUGUGCAAGAGGAGAAAUUGAAUUAAAGGCUUAGUGUUAAGAAAAACUGGGAUCUCAGUUUACAUGAGAAACUGCUUUAAAGUGAUGAGAGUACAUACAGGGAUUACAGUGCCAAAGAACAGCCUGAAUGGAAAUUGCUCUUUCAUAAUCCAUGUAUUUUACUCCCAGUUCAGAUUUAUCUUCAUUAAAGUUACUUUUCUGGUAGUUUUCCUCCACACUUACAUUCACCGUAAGUUAAAUAAAGCUGCGGAUACACAGCAGGCCUUUGGUAACUCCGAUCUCUCAAUGACAUUUGCAGAACUCGGGUGUCUCCUUUCCUUGUUCAAGACUCAAGUACGUUAUUGAAGGGGCCUAUGACCGCAUUGCUUAUGACAGCUAUGACAUUCGCCAUUACUCAUCCAAGAGAAGGUGGUGCUCAGUGUAUUGCAGCAGCUUAAUGCCAACACAGCACAAGAAGUGUCACAGAUGCUCACCAUCACCUGUCAUAAAUAAAGCAUGAGGCUCUUUGCAAGGUC